UAAUUAGUGACCUUAUUAAAUAAUUAUUAGCCAAGGUCAAUUUAUAAGUGAAUCCAGCCUCCUGUGUACCUAUCAAAAAUGGCUGCUGUUAUUGUGCAUGCUGGAGCAUAUGACAUUCCAGACCACGAAGCUGAUCCUUUGAGAGAAGGAUGUAAGAAGGCUGCACAAGAAGCACACAAAGCAUUAACUGAGGGCAAAUCUGCAGUGGAUGCUGGUAAAAUGCCAUAUUCUAGAUGUCCACUUGUAACUUCAGUUGAGCUGGCUGUGUGUGUCCUGGAGGACCACCCUCUCAUGGAUGCUGGCCAUGGCUCAGUCCUCAAUGCAGCAGGAGAAGUGGAAAUGGAUGCUAUCAUUACAGAUGGAUCAUCACUCAACUUUGGGUCUGUAGCUGGAGUGAGGAACAUUUCUCAUCCUAUAUCUCUGGCUAGAAUGGUGAUGGACGACACACCUCAUGUGAUGCUCAUUGGAGUGGGGGCCAACCUGUUUGCCAAGGAGAAGGGUGUACCUGAGGUGGACCCUGAUGAACUGGUCACUGCAGAAGCAAAGGAGGCCUAUCAGACGUUCAAACAAUACUCUAGUGUGGUGGAUAACGUGUUCAAUAUAGAUAACCACUUAGGACAUGACACUGUAGGAGCCGUGGCCAUCGAUCUCUGUGGAAACAUAGCAGCCGGUACCUCAACUGGUGGAAUCUCGUUAAAGCGUGUUGGGCGAGUAGGAGAUUGCCCUCUGAUUGGGUGUGGGGCAAUUGCUGAUAGUGGAGUGGGAGGCAUAUCCUGUACUGGUCAUGGAGAGUCAAUUGCUAAAGUGUUACUGGCACAGAGGUCUCUAUCAACACUGCAGGCCAAGAAUGGUAUAGAUGCUGAAGGUGCCCUGAGUGAGUCUCUAGGGUACAUGUUGGAUCGUGUUGGCGGGCGUGGUGGAGCAAUCAUGGUGACAAAAGAGGGGUGUGUGGCCAGACACUACACCACCAAAGGAAUGGCUUGGGCCUCUGUCAGCAAGACAGGACAACUGGACUCUGGAAUAUAGCUUGUUAUACAGCAAUAAUGACACCAAUUUCAAAAUAAGAUGUGAUGUCAUAGUGAAACUAAAUACAAUUAUGAGCAAAAAAUA